CAACACGGAAAUGCGGUGUAGCGUUCAGUUUCUCCAGAAAUAAGAAAUGUUUAUCUUUGCCACAGACUGCUAAAUUACAUCUAGCUCCAGUUAUAAAAGUGACUGUCAGUAGCUUAAUGUAAGAGUUUAUAUUUCCAUUCAAGUGUUAAAGAAAAUUAACGGAUGUAACGAGUUUGGAACAUAUGUAAUCGUAAGUAUGUUAGGCUAGCCUGCUUAUCGUUACCAAAUAUUUGUAUAACUAACUAAGCUCGUUGUUCUGUCUGUGAUGUUCCUGGCUAUAGUCUAGUCAGGUAACGUUAGUUGCUAGCCAGCUAGCGUUAGCUAUAUACACUGAACAAAAAUAUAAACGCAACGUAAAGUGUUGGUCCCAUGUUUCAUGAACUGAAAAAAAGAUCCCAGACAUUUUCCAUACGCACAAAAAAAGUAUUUCUCUCAAAUGUUAUGCACAACUUUGUUUACAUCCCUGUUAGUGAGCAUUUCUCCAUUGCCAAGAAAAUCCAUCCACCUGACAGGUGUGACAUAUCAAGAAGCUGAUUAAAUGGCAUGAUCAUUACACAGGUGCACCUUGUGCGGGGGACAAUAAAAGGUCACUCUAAAAUGUGCACAGAUGUCUCAGGUUUUGAAGGAGUGUGCAAUUCUCCUGAGUCCUCCUGAGUGGCGCAGUGGUCUAAGGCACUGCAUCGCAGUGCUAACUGUGCCACUAGAGAUCCUGGUUCGAAUCCAGGCUCUGUCGCAGCCGGCCGCGACCGGGAGACUCAUGGGCGGCGUACAAUUGGCCCAGUGUCGUCCAGGGUAGGGGAGGGAAUGGCCGGCAGGGAUGUAGCUCAGUUGAUAGAGCAUGGCGUUUGCAACGCCAGGGUUGUGGGUUCACUAACUGUAAGUCGCUCUGGAUAAGAGCGUCUGCUAAAUGACGUAAAUGUAAAUGCAAUUGGCAUGCAGGAAUGUACACCAGAGAAUUGAAUGUUCAUUUCCCUACCACAAACCAACGCUGUUUUAGAGAAUUUGGCAGUACGUCCAACCAGCCUCAAAUUUGUAACCACGCCAGCCGAGGACCUCCACAUCUGGCUUCUUCACUUGUGGGAUCGUCUGAGACCAUCCACCUGGACAGCUGAUGAAACUGGGGGUUUGCACAACCGAAUAAUUUUGGCACAAACUGUCAAACCUUCUCAGGGAAGCGCAUCUGUAUGCUCAUCGUCCUAACCAGGGUCUUGACCUGACUGCAGUUUGGCGUCGUAACCGACUUCAGUGGGCAAAUGCUCACCUUCGAUGGCCACUGGCACGUUGGAGAAGUGUGCUCUUCACGGAUGAAUCCCGGUUUCAACUGUACCGGGCAUAUUGCAGACAGCGUGUAUGGCGUUGUGUGGGUGAGCGGUUUGCUGAUGUCAACUUUGAACAGAGUGCCCCAUGGUGGCGGUGGGGUUAUGGUAUGGGCAUGUAUAAGCUAUGGACAAUGAACACUAUUGCAUUUUAUCGAUUGAAAUUUGAUUGCACAGAGAUAUCGUGACGUAAUCCUGAGGCCAAUUGUCAUGCCAUUCAUCCGCUGCAAUCACCUCAUGUUUCAGCAUGAUGAUGGACAGCCCCAUGUCGCAAGGAUCUGUUCCUGGAAGAUGUAAAUGACCCAGUUCCUCUAUGGCUUGCAUACUCACCAGACAUGUGACCCAUUGAGCAUGUUUGGGAUGCUCUGGAUCGAUGUGUACGACAGUGUGUUCUAGUUCCCACCAAUAUCCAUCAACAGCCAUUGAAGAGGAGUGGGACAACAUUCCACUGGCCACAAUCAACAGCCUGAUCAACUCUAUGUAAAGGAGUUGUCGCGCUGCAUGAGGCAAAUGGUGGUCACACCAGAUACUGAUUGGUUUUCUGAUCCACACCACUACCUUUUUUUUAAGGCAUCUGUGACCAACCGAUGCAUAUCUGUAUUCCCAGUCAUAUGAAAUCCAUAGAUUAGGGCCUAAUUUAUUUAUUUCAAUUGACUGAUUUCCAUGUAACUCUGAAAAAUAUUUGAAAAGGUUGCAUUUAUAUUUUUGUUCAGUGUAGUUAAGCAAACUAACAGAAUGCAUAAUAGCCUUGUAUCUUGCCAGUGCUAACAACAAGGUAACUGCUUCAUAGCAUUUCCUGACUAUGAUAGGCCUGCUCCCUAGCAGGCUCAUAUUUGUGUUUGCAUUACAAAUUACAACAAAUAGCUAACCCCUAGCUGUUUGACAUUCAUGAAUUCACGGUGAUGGUGUGUUUUUUUCAAUUGCUUUCCAUUAUCAUCAGCACCAUGGAACCCACAGCCUCUGGAAUGUUCUGUAACAGAAUGCUCAGCAUGGUCAACUCUGAGGAUGUCAACGCCAUCGUCCAAGCCCAGAGGCACAUGUGAGUAACAGUCUGGACUGCUGCACAGAGCACAUACUAUAUCUGCUCUGAGCAUUGAUAUUACUCACAUAAAGUAAUGUUUUCCAACUCCAGUCCUCGGGUACCCCCCUAACAGCACACAUUUAUGUUAUUCCUCUGGAGAAACACCUCAUUCAACUCAGGUGUGCUUGUCCAGGCCUACAAUAAAAAUUAGUACUGUUGGGGGUACUUGAGGACUGGAGUUGGGAAACACUAACAUAGAUAACAGACUAGCUGGCUCCAUGGGGUCUUGAUGAAUGGCCUUGCACUCACUAUGAUAUGUUACAAUAGUCAAAUACAGCACAACAUUGGUUCAUUUUGGGUCAUGCAGAUCUGAGGUGAUUUUAUUACACCAACAAAACAUAGCCUAGAGUCUAGACCUACUAAUUUCAUUAACACUCAAUCCUGUUACAGUCAGCGUGUGCAGACUGCAGCAAAAACAGGCACAGCUUUGCCAAAGACUGAUGCAAAUAGGACACCAUUAAUUUCAAAUUAUCGCUAUAAUAGAGCCUAUAUAUCUUGCUCGUCAUUGCCUCCUCUCCCAGGCUGGACCGCUUUGAGAAGACCAAUGAGAUGCUGAUCAACUUCAAUGGACUUUCCAACGUGCGGCUUCAGCAGAUGAACGACCACUUCCUGCUUCACACGCGCACCCUGGUGGAGAUGAAGAAGGACUUGGACAGCAUCUUUAGGAGAAUCAGGUGAUGGACCCGUCCUAAUACUACCCCCAUUGUCUUCUGACAGAUGGCGUCAUUCUAACGCGACACGCAUUGCCAUCACGCUAUCUGACGUAAGACAAUGAGGCUACCCCUAGACCCGGCCUCUAGACCCCCUAUUCCCUAUUUCCAAAAACAACCCCACGCCUUUCUGUAGAUCUGACACGGUUGGAUAAGUGUAAGCAAUCUGGCAACAUCUCCACCCAACCUAUCAGGGGACAAGAUGGGAUCUACUACCAUACCUAUCACAUUUUCAGAUCUACAUGAAGUGCUUAGGGGAAGGGGCACGGGGUUGUUUAACAACCAUAUUCUUGGUGGAUUAUAUACUUCCUCCAAGUUGUUUCUCCAAGCACAUAUUAUACUGACUACGAAUGGAAACGUUCAUCUGACAGUGAUGGUCAGUCACACACUGUCUCUUGUCCAAUUUUCGCUCUUAGCUCGUGGGAGUAGUCACAAAAUUAUUGCUCUAACCUUGGUUUCUUUCUGUUCUGUGAACAUAAUCCAGAUAUUCAUGUUUUUUUCUGUCCACGUAGGGCUUUAAAGGGCAAGAUCGCCAAGCAGUACCCAGAGGCCUUCAGCAGUGAGUUUGACAUUUUACAGUCAUGAGAGCAACAUUGGCAGACAGACAACAGAUACAGUGAGGGGGAAAAAGUAUUUGAUCCCCUGCUGAUUUUGUACGUUUGCCCACUGACAAAGAAGAAAUGAUCAGUCUAUAAUUUUAAUGGUAGGUUUAUUUGAACAGUGAGAGACAGAAUAACAACAAAAAAAUCCAGAAAAACGCAUGUCAAAAAUGUUAUAAAUUGAUUUGCAUUUUAAUGAGGGAAAUAAGUAUUUUACCCCCUCUCAAUCAGAAAGAUUUCUGGCUACCAGGUUCUUUUAUACAGGUAACGAGCUGAGAUUAGGAGCACACUCUUAAAGGGAGUGUAUAAAAGACACCUGUCCACGGAAGCAAUCAAUCAGAUUCCAAACUCUCCACCAUGGCCAAGACCAAAGAGCUCUCCAAGGAUGUCAGGGGACAAGAUUGUAGACCUACACAAGGCUGGAAUGGGCUACAAGACCAUCGCCAAGCAGCUUGGUGAGAAGGUGACAAAAGUUGGUGCGAUUAUUCGCAAAUGGAAGAAACACAAAAGCACUGUCAAUCUCCCUCGGCCUGGGGCUCCAUGCAAGAUCUCACCUCGUGGAGUUGCAAUGAUCACGAGAACGUUGAGGAAUCAGCCCAGAACUACACGGGAGGAUCUUGUCAAUGAUCUCAAGGCAGCUGGGACCAUACUCACCAAGAAAACAAUUGGUAACACACUACGCCAUGAAGGACUGAAAUCCUGCAGCGCCCGCAAGGUCCCCCUGCUCAAGAAAGCACAUAUACAGGGCCAUCUGAAGUUUGCCAAUGAACAUCUGAAUGAUUCAGAGGAGAACUGGGUGAAAGUGUUGUGGUCACAUGAGACCAAAAUCGAGCUCUUUGGCAUCAACUCAACUCGCCGUGUUUGGAGGAGGAGGAAUGCUGCCUAUGACCCCAAGAACACCAUCCCCACCGUCAAACAUGGAGGUGGAAACAUUAUGCUCUGGGGGUGUUUUUCUGCUAAGGGGACAGGACAACUUCACCGCAUCAAAGGGACGAUGGACGGGGCCAUGUACCGUCAAAUCUUGGGUGAGAACCUCCUUCCCUCAGCCAGGGCAUUGAAAAUGGGUCGUGGAUGGGUAUUCCAGCAUGACAAUGACCCAAAACACACUGCCAAGGCAACAAAGGAGGGGCUCAAGAAGAAGCACAUUAAGGUCCUGGAGUGGCCUAGCCAGUCUCCAGACCUUAAUCCCAUAGAAAAUCUGUGGAGGGAGCUGAAGGUUCGACUUGCCAAACGUCAGCCUCGAAACCUUAAUGACUUAGAGAAGAUCUGCAAAGAGGAGUGGAACAAAAUCCCUCCUGAGAUGUGUGCAAACCUGGUGGCCAACUACAAGAAACGUCUGACCUCUGUGAUUGCCAACAAGGGUUUUGCCACCAAGAACUAAGUCAUGUUUUGCAGAGGGGUCAAAUACUUAUUUCCCUCAUUAAAAUGCAAAUCAAUUUAUAACAUUUUUGACAUGCGUUUUUCUGGAUUUUUUUGUUGUUAUUCUGUCUCUCACUGUUCAAAUAAACCUACCAUUAAAAUUAUAGGCUGAUCAUGUCGUCGUCAGUGGGCAAACUUACAAAAUCAGCAGGGUAUCAAAUACCUUUUUCCCUCACUGUAUGUUGUUUACUGUAAAUAGUUUCAUUCAGACAUUCACAGUAGUUUAUCGGGUCUUGUUAAUUAGACCUACACAUAUCAGACACUUUGUAAAGUAUUUGACGUAACGGAAUUCAAUGUUGUGAUUCCAGAUUCAGUAAGCCUUUCUCCUCAGUGCCUCUGAGGGUGCAUCUUAAUAUUAUUAAGUGGUGUUCUUUCUUCCUCCAUCUGCACAAGGUGACAGCAUAAUUUCUGGAUAGUAGGGAUCCCCUAUUGCGUUCACCUGUGCAGUUUUUUUUCCAAUUAGUGUAGAAAGGAGGCCACUUUAGACUGAGAUUCACCCUGAGUCUCUCCCUCUCCCACACAGACGUCCACGAGUCGCCUAUCAUGGAGGACGACGAGUUUGAUCCCAUCCCUGCCAGGGUCGCCAUGACAAUCACCACCGCCAUGUCGGGGCAGAGCACCGAGUCAUGUGACACGAGCCCCGACGUCAUUUCCCGGACUGUAAGCCGGUGUUCCGAAGACUUCUCCCAGGAGCAGGCCGACACACCCACCUCUGACAAAGACCUGCCUAGCCCUGAAACGGACGUGCUGAGGGACGAGGGCCCGGACUCAGUGCAUGCAGAGUAAGGCUUAGGACUAAAGCUCUACUCAGUGCCUGCAGACUAGGGCCUCCGUAACCCAGGCCUAGAGCUCUACUCAGUGCCUGUAGAUUAGAUAGAAGCAGCAGGAGGUCAAUGUGAUUGAUUGGCUUCAGAGU